ACCAAUUCUCCAUUCUCUAUUCUCCACUUUCUCUCUUGAUUGUAGGGAAUUCAGAAGUUCAUCUUCAUUUUCAACCAUGGCAGAGGAAACCCAAACGAAAGCAAAGGAAGUCGUUGUGGCUGAGACUGAGAAAACUGCGAUUGAGAAAGACCCACCACCACCACCACCAUCACCGGUGCCCGAGGUUGAGGAGUCCACCAAACCCACCCUCAUCGAAGAAGUUUCUGCUACUGCUACCGAAGAGGUUGAGAAGCCAAAGGUUGCUGAGGAGGAGACCAUCGGCCAAUCUGUUUCUUUUAAGGAGGAGAGCAACAUCGUUUCCGAUCUUCCUGACCCAGAGAAGAAAGCCCUCGAAGAGUUAAAGCAGCUUAUCCAGGAAGCACUUAACAAACACGAGUUCACUGCUCCUCCACCGCCUCCUCCGGCGGCGGCUAAGGAGGAGGAGAAGAAGACUGAGAUUCAAGAAGCCUCUGCCCCUGCAGAGGAAAAGCCAACUGCUGUUGAAGAAACGCCGGUACCGACGAUCACGGAAGAGCCCCCGAAGACGGAGGCUAGUGAAGUUGCAGAGCCGGCACCGGUCCCGGAAGUGGUGGAGGAGAAGAAAAAAGCACCAUCGGCGACGCUGGAAGAAGUGACACCACUGGCAUCGGCACCGAAAGCUGAGGAACCAGCAGCCGUGGUCGUUACAGAGGUGGUUGAGAAGAUAGCCUACGUUGAUGACGAUGGCGCUAAGACUGUUGAAGCCAUUGAAGAGACCAUCGUAGCCGUCUCUGCUCCUGCAGCCCCGGCUGAGGAAACUGCACCGGCGGCUCCCGAAAAGGAAGCGGAGGUAGAGGCCGCCGCCGCUGCCGCACCUGCUGAAACGAAAGAAGAAGAGAUAACCGGCGCCGCUGCGCUUCCACCUCCACCACCGGAGGAGAUGUCAAUAUGGGGACUCCCUCUGCUUGCCGACGAGCGGAGCGAUGUGAUCCUUCUGAAGUUCCUUCGUGCCAGGGAUUUCAAGGUGAAGGACGCGUUCACAAUGAUCAAGAACACGGUGGCAUGGAGGAAAGAGUUUGGAAUUGAGACCCUUCUUGAGGAAGACCUCGGUAAUGAUCUGGAGAAGGCUGUGUUCAUGUAUGGGUUUGAUAAGGAAGGCCACCCUGUGUGUUACAACAUAUAUGGUGAGUUCCAGAACAAGGAUUUGUAUCAGAAGGCCUUUGCCGAUGAGGAGAAACGACAGAAGUUCCUGCGGUGGAGGAUUCAGUUCCUUGAAAAGAGCAUUCAGAAGCUCGAUUUUAGCCCAAGUGGUAUUUGCACAUUUGUUCAGGUUAACGAUCUCAAGAAUUCUCCCGGACCCGGAAAGUGGGAGCUUCGACAGGCUACAAGGCAGGCUCUUUCCUUGCUCCAGGACAACUACCCUGAGUUUGUCGCCAAACAGGUCUUUAUCAAUGUUCCUUGGUGGUACCUUGCCUUCAAUCGGAUGAUCAGUCCCUUCUUGACCCAGAGAACCAAGAGCAAGUUUGUCUUUGCUGGACCAUCCAAAUCCGCCGAAACCCUUUUCAAGUACAUAGCUCCUGAGCAAGUGCCAGUUGAAUACGGGGGCUUGAGCAGAGAAGGAGAGCAAGAAUUCUCCACGGCCGAAACAGCUAGUGAAGUCACUAUAAAGCCGACAUCAAAGCACACUGUUGAAAUCCCUGUUUCUGAGAAUUGCCUUCUCGUUUGGGAGCUUCGGGUAAUUGGUUGGGAUGUCAGCUACGGUGCUGAGUUUGUGCCUAGUGCCGAAGACGGCUACACUGUGAUUGUCCAAAAGAAAAGGAAGCUGAUGCCCAAUGAUGAACCAGUGCUCUCCAACAGCUUCAAGAUUGGCGAGCCUGGAAAGGUGGUGCUCACCAUUGACAACACCUCAUCCAAGAAGAAGAAGCUCCUCUACAGGUUCAAGACCAAACCCUCUUCAGAUUGAGUUCACUCUUAUUCUAAAUCGUCCAUGAGAAGGUGAAAUUCAAUCAGAUGAACCCCAAAUUUUCAAAAUAAGGAAAAAAGAAAAGGGGAACUGUGAGAAGAUGACAUGUGAGUACUGCUUUAAACCUCAUCAUCAGGAAUUCAAAAUCAUCACAUUGACUUGAAGGUUUUUGGGGUUGGGUUCUUUUUGUUCAGAAAUCUACUUUUUUUCUUUCUAUAAAUUUAAUUUUUUU